AUGAAAUAAAAAAUCCAUUUGGAUAAUAUUUUUUAAUUGCAUAUGGAGGUAGCCUAAUAGUAGAGAAUAAAAUCAAUUGUAACAGAAUAAAAAUUUUCGUAUUUUCCUGGUAGAAUAAUAAUACAAAAGUUAUAGAUAGAAGAUUAAAUAACAAUUGAUAAUUGGUUCGAAUAUGUGAAAAAGAAUUUUAAGAGUAUGAAACCUGUAAUUGUUAACCUAAUCAAAAUAAUUAAAUUCCAGAUUUACAUCUAAGUUCUUCUUAAAAAGGAGAAUUUGUUUCUGAAUAAAAAAACUGUAAUUCUUUUAUUUUAUCAGGAUGGUUUAAAAUUAAGAAUAUCAUAAAUUAAAAUGAUGAAUUUAUUUAUCCAUUUAUAAAAAUAGCUGCCAAUUUUGAAAAUCCUACUUUGUCAAAUAAAAAUUUGUCUCCUAUAUAAGUAUUCUAUAAUUUGUCUAGAAUUAAAAAUUAAAUCACAAUCUAUUUUACUAACAAUCUUAAUUUAAUAAUAAACUCCUUCGAAAUUUUAAACAGCAUAACAGUAUGGCAUAAGAUUUAAAUUAAAUUAUUAAAAAGUUAGAUGGAUAUUCAGAUUACUUUCUAUGAUGGUUACAAAAUUAAUUAAUACAGUAAAUAAUUAUAAGUUAGGCAAUUUUAAGAAAAUUAAUUUAAAUUAUAAUUUGGAAAUUAUGAAUAGCUUGAAACAAAUUAUUUAGACUUAUAGAUAAAUAACUUUUAUUUUUUUAAUUGUGAUUAAUCUUUCUCUGAAAAUAAUUGCCAUCAUACCUGUUUAGAAUGUGAUGGACCAACAAAAGAAGAUUGUUUAUCUUGUUCUGAAGAAAGUAAGAGAAUUUACUUACCAGAAUACAAAGAAUGUAUUUGUCCUAUUAAUACAAUCGAUAAUUAAAUUUGUAUUGGCUAUUUUGAGGCAUAAUUAUAGUUAAUUGAAGAGCCAUUCAUCAGUCAAGAAUGUGAAUAUGGUUAUUAUGAGUUAGAAAACGAAUGCUCGAGAUGGUAAUUUAUGUUCAAAUAUUUGGUCCUUCAAUCAUAAGUAAAACUUUAAGAACUUGUUUAGAAUGUCUUUAAAAUCCUAAAUCAUUUAGUUUAUAACCAUUUUGUCGUAACGACUUACAUAUAAGUCAACAAAGUUAGACAGAAAUGCUUAACUAUUAAUAUUAUGAUCAUUUGCUUUUUAAUGGAAUUGAUACUAAUGAACUCAGGUGCUCUACGUGUUAUAAGGUCCCAUAUUAAGACCAGGAUUACAUAUAUCAAGAUUUUUAGCAAAAAUCUUAAGCUUUUUAGACAUUCUAUGUCAGUCAGAAUUAAAAAUGCCUUGAAAAACAUAUUUCAAUAGUUGGAUUGAAAUGUAUAAGGUGCAUGAGCGAAAUAUAAUUUGAAAAUGGAGAAUGUAAUAAUUAUAUAUAUUAUGAAACUGAUGCCAUUUGUAAUCCUCCCUACUAUGUUACCUCUAGAAAUAAAUGCAAUUUAUGCCCGAUAAAAAAUUGCAUUUAUUGUUUUGAAUAUCAAAAGGAAGACACUAACUUUAAAAGCACACUUUCAGCUAGUAAUACUUCUUACUCUAUGACUAAUAAUUUAGACUGUUAUUUAUCAGAAAGCUAAUCAAUUAAACUGAUAUACUCUAAAAUUAUUACAAUGCUUUCCCUUAUGUCUUUUUAAUUUGUUCUUGUUAUUAUGGGAUUUCUCAUAUAUUUUAAGUAUCAAAAAUUGAAAAUUUAAUUUUUUCAUUUUGAGACUAUAUCAAAUAGUUUGCUCUAUCUAUAUGUUUCGAAUUAUGGUGGAUUGAUUAAGAUGUAAGCAAAAUAUAUCUAUAUUAGGUAUUUUUCAAUUCUUUCUAGAAGAGAAAUAUCAAAUCAAAGUUAUAUUUAGGGAGAUGUUUCAUUACUUUUUGGAUCUAGAGAGCAUCAAAUUUGGUUGUUUUUCUUUGUAAUUCCAGGAAUAGGAUUCUUUUGUUUGAUUAUACCUCUCUCCCUUUUUAUUUUAAUGUAUAUAAAGAGAAAUCAACUUGACUCAAUUAAAAUUAGAAAAAAUUUUUGUUAUCUUAUUAAUGAAUAUGAAAAUACUACUUACUAUUGGGAAAUAAUUAAAUUAAUAAAAAAAACAAUUAUGAUUUUAUUAUUAACUUAUUUUGAAACGAACAUUCUAUUGAAAGCUUCAUUAUUGGGGCUAUGCUUACUUUUUUAUUAAUUGAUAGCUGUAAAAAACAAACCUUUUAUUCUGUAGAAUUUGAACAAUUUGGAUUUAUAUUCAGGUUAGAUUUGUUCUAUCACAAUAUUCCUUGCUGCUGCUAAAUAUGUAUCAGAAUAUGAAAAUAAUUAAUUUUCAUCGAAUACACUCUCAAUAUUUAUUGUCUUGCUUUGCGUUAGACUGAGUUAUCCAUUUAUUUUCAAUAUAUCUGGAGCUUAUCUUAAAAAUUAUUAUUCACUUCUUAUGAAUUCUUCACAUAAAAUUAUGGAAAAGAUUUCAAAAGAUUCUACCAUAACAAAAAAAUUAAAAAUGAAUUUAAAGUAAUAUAAUCUGAAAAAGUAGAGAUAGAAAGAUUUAAUCAAAAAAUUAAGAUAAUACCUUCUGAGAUUUUCAAAAGUCCAACUUGAAACAAAUAGGUACCAAAUAUUAUUAUUUUUAGAUAAAUGUUAACUACAAAUAAUUUCUCUUCAAAAAAAGAUAAUUAAAAAUCAUUGUCAAAAUAAACAUAUUUUUUUAAGCUUGAUUCUAAGUGA